AUGCUCAACCUCAUAUCCAAAAUAGCGGUGCCUGCAAUGAGGGCCAAUUCAGUGCGCUCUUCGAUACUGGCACUUAGGGCCUUUUCAACAACGCAAGAAAAAAUGUUGAACUUGACUCCACAUAACCUCCCAACAGAGCAGCCUAUUCUCUCAGAGCGUCCUCUUUCUGGAUCGUUGGACUAUGUGCUUACUUCUUGGGAUAAAGUGAAGAAUUGGUCAAGAAAAUCGUCGUUCUGGCCUGCCACUUUUGGUUUGGCUUGCUGCGCUGUGGAGAUGAUGCAUGUCUCUGCUCCAAGAUACGAUCAGGAUAGAUUGGGUAUCAUUUUCAGAGCCUCGCCUAGACAGUCAGAUAUUGUCAUUGUGGCUGGUACCGUUACGAACAAAAUGGCGCCUGCUCUUAGACAGGUGUAUGAUCAGAUGGCUUAUCCAAGAUGGGUUAUUUCCAUGGGUUCAUGUGCUAACGGUGGCGGCUAUUAUCAUUACAGCUAUUCGGUUGUUAGAGGUGUCGAUAGACUUAUUCCAGUCGAUAUAUACGUUCCUGGCUGCCCUCCUUCAUCUGAGGCUUUGAUGUACGGUAUCUUCAUGCUUCAGAAGAAGAUGAUGGAUGACACUACCAGUCGUAUGUGGUACAGAUCGUACUGA